AUGAGUCAAACAGCCAAUUCUUGCCAACAGUUGGUUGAAAACUGUGCCGCACAUGUAGCAGGAAAAAAACAAGAGGACAGUCGCCGUGGUCAAGUGCCACCCACGUUUUAUCAUGGUGCCAGCCAGGAACUUGAUCUGUCCACCAAAGUAUACAAGAGAGAGUCAGGAAGUCCUUACUCUGUGUUGGUGGACAGCAAAAUGAGUAAACCACAUCUCCAUGAAAGAGAGGAGCAACCGUAUUUCAGGGAGAACAGAGCGGUAGGAGAGGUCCGGGCUGUGAAAGAAGAUAGAGAAAACUCUGACGACUCUGAGGAGGAGGAAGAGGAGGAAGAUGAAGUGACUUACAAAAGGGAGCAGAUUAUAGUAGAGGUAAACCUUAACAACCAAACAUUAAAUGUAUCAAAAGGGGAGAAGGGUGUCCCCUCCCAGUCCAAAGAGACUGCUGUUCUUAAGACCAGCAGUGAGGAAGAGGAGGGUGACAGUGGGGAAGAGGCCACUGAAGACAGUAAUGAUUAUGAGGAAAAUGAGAGGCAGAAGAAAAAAGAGAAAAGAGUGGAAAAAGUUAGUGUUGCACAAAGGAGAACAAGGAGAGCUGCAUCUGCUGCAGCAGCCACAACUUCCCCAUCACCCAGAACUACAAGGGGUCGUAGAAAGAGUGUGGAGCCCCCCAAGCGUAAGAAGAAAGCUGCAAAGGAGCCCAAGGCACCUGUGCAGAAAUCAAAGUGUGAAGAGAAGGAGACUUUAACCUGUGAGAAGUGCCCCAGGGUGUUUAACACACGCUGGUACCUGGAGAAGCACAUGAACGUCACUCACAGGCGCAUGCAGAUCUGCGACAAAUGUGGGAAGAAAUUUGUUCUAGAAAGUGAGCUGUCCCUUCACCAGCAAACAGACUGUGAAAAAAAUAUCCAGUGCGUUUCCUGUAAUAAAUCAUUCAAGAAGCUCUGGUCCCUCCACGAACAUACCAAGAUUGUCCACGGAUAUGCAGAAAAGAAAUUCUCUUGUGAGAUUUGCGAAAAAAAGUUCUACACCAUGGCCCACGUGCGGAAACAUAUGGUUGCACACACAAAGGACAUGCCAUUUACAUGUGAAACCUGUGGAAAAUCAUUCAAACGCAGUAUGUCUCUCAAAGUACAUUCCCUACAACAUUCUGGAGAGAAACCUUUCAGAUGUGAGAACUGUGAUGAGAGGUUUCAGUACAAGUACCAGCUGCGUUCCCACAUGAGCAUCCACAUCGGGCACAAACAGUUCAUGUGCCAGUGGUGUGGCAAAGACUUCAACAUGAAACAGUACUUUGAUGAGCACAUGAAAACACACACUGGAGAGAAGCCCUUUAUCUGUGAAAUCUGUGGGAAAAGCUUCACCAGCCGCCCAAACAUGAAGAGACAUCGCAGAACUCACACAGGGGAGAAGCCCUACCCAUGUGACGUGUGUGGCCAGCGAUUUCGCUUCUCCAACAUGCUCAAGGCACACAAGGAGAAGUGCUUCCGUGUUACCAGCCCUGUCAAUGUGUCAACUGCUGUCCAGAUCCCACUGUCGGCCACUUCUCCUGCCACCACAGUCCCUGCUGUAGUGAACACACCCACCACCCCAACUCCACCUAUCAACCUGAACCCAGUGAGCACACUUCCUCCCCGCCCCAUUCCUCACCCUUAUUCACACCUUCACCUACAUCCUCAUCCUCACCAUCCACAUCAUCUCCCAGUUCCCCCAGUUCCUCAUUUACCCCCUCCUCCAGCUCUUUUUAAGAGUGAGCCUUUAAAUCACAGAGGCCAGAGUGAGGACAACUUUCUGCGACACCUGGCAGAAAAGAACAGUUCCGCACAGCACCACUAA